AUGAGAAAUUUAAGAGUAGUAUUUUUGUUAGUAUUUAUUAUAUUCUUUACUUUAAAUGUACGAAGUGAAUUUCAAUUGUUUGGAAUAAGUAGUUCAGUUAUUUGUAAUAUCCUUCUUACUAUUGUAAUUCUUUGUUAUGAUAGUAGUCAAAAAGAAGUUCAAUCUCAAACAUAUGAUAGUGCAAGAGAUGCUUUAACAGAGUGUUUCCCACAAUUAAAAAAUAUUGUAAGAGAAAAUAGUAAACAAAAAGAUGUUAUUGAUUAUAUUAAGAAAAACAUGUAUAAGGAAUUAUAUCAAUGUCUUAUUGAUGAAAUUCUUGCACCACUAAAAGUAUAUAAGCUAUUAAAACACUGUGGAACUAAUUCAGAUGUGAAUGAAAUAUUACAAAAUGUAAUAAAACCAGUAAUAGAAGUAUAG